AUGAUGGACGAUUUGAGCUCUGUACCGCGAGGAUAUAUUAUAGAUUAUCUCCUGGAACGUUUGAAACAUGGUCAGAUUUAUACGUGGGUCGGCACCGUGCUGCUGGCGAUCAAUCCCAACGACGAGAACAUCUCCACCGAGGACAUGUACAACUCAUCACGGGCUGACAGCUACCGCAAUGUCAACACCGCAAGUUGCAGAGAAAUGCAACCGCACAUAUUCGCCGUGGCGGCCAGGGUGCAUUAUAGACUAAUCCAGGAUCUUGGGAAACCGACCCAGGUGAUUAUCCUGAACGGAGAAACUGGUACGGGAAAGACCUUCAGUGCAUGGAAAGCGUUGGAGUUCUUGGUCGCCACCGCGAUUGGAAAUACGUCCACUGACAUUCAAGAAGUAGAUACAUCUUAUGAUAUCGUGCGGAAAGUUAAGGAUGCCUGUCGUCUGAUAUCGGCUUUCACAACAGCGCCCACCGAGAAAAAUGAAGUCAGUUCAAGGCACGUGCAGGUCGUGUGGCUUGAAUAUAAAAAGAAUAACAUAUGCGGCGCGAAAAUAGCUUCCUAUCUUCUGGAGAGAAACCGAGUUACGAAGGGCUGCUGCACCUACCAGAUUUUUAAUCAGGUGAUGACUGCAUUAGCAGAUAUAGAAUUCGCGGACACUGGAUUAUCGAAGGAGAAGCAGUAUUUUAUAGUAAGCGAUUUGAAUCCCCUCAAGGAACAACAGUUCCGCGAAGGAUUUCGCGACACUCUGCGAGCGAUGGAUAUGUUAGAUUUUACGAUAAACCAGAAGAAAAAUAUCUUCCAAGUUCUGUCUUUGAUCAUUCACAUGGGCAACAUACAAUUUAUCCAGGAGGACGAUUGUUGCAGAAUCGAUACUGAUAGCGAACAAUCCAGAGAAGCCUUUGAGAAUACGUGCAGGCUGGCUUGUUUGCGGAGGGAGGAUCUGGCCGAAUUGCUUACAUCCACCCUGAUAAGCCCGCAGAAUGUGAGGCGUCGUCACAGCAUGUGCCGACGUAAUCUGAGCACGAAGGAUGCCUGUUACCACAGAUUGCACAGUAUCAUCCGUCACCUGUACGAUCUCCUUUUCCGCUGGCUGAUCAAAUCCGUGAACGAGAUCUUGUCCACCGAUUUAUGCCAGUGUAAUCGAUUAGGGAUACUGGACAUUUUCGGAUUCGAGUGCUUCGAUACGAACGGCGUCGAGCAGAUCUGCGUUAAUUAUGUUAACGAAAAGCUGCAACAGUACUUCAUAGAAAAGUAUGUGACCUCUUGCCAGAAAGACCUACAAGAGGAGGAUCUUAUUGAGAAAGAGAAAUCGUUGAAUUGCUCCAAUAUCCUGCAAUUGUACGAGGACCGCUUAAACACAGUCAGGAAGACGCUGUUCGCUGCCCUGAACGACACAUGUCUAUCGACAGUUCCGAGCGACACGGGCACGUUAAUGCGACACGUAAACGCCACGUUAAGCUCCAAUCAUUCGAGGAGGCGAUUCUUGAAGGUGAAGAAUGAAAAUUUCGUUAUACGCCAUUACGCCGGCAGUGUAGAGUACUCCUGUGACGACCUGUUCUCCAAGAAUACCGAUAAGGUUCCGGACGAACUAACGAUCACGUUUAGCACGAGCAAGAACAAAUUUCUGCACUUCUUGAUGAUCGAGAGCGAUGCAUACGGGAAAUCGUCCGUGAAGAAACGCACGAUGCUCUCCAAACUAUGCUACAACGUGGACUGGUUGAUACAAGAACUGAACGAAUGCGACGCGCAUUAUGUUCGUUGCGUUAAGCUACGCCGGAAACGUAAUACAAACUGGGACCGAAAAGGACUCUACAAGCAGCUGGCGAACACGGGCAUUCUUCACGCUCUACCUUUGGCCAAGUGUGAAUAUCCGGUCUAUUUCCGCUACGAGGACUUUUGCAAACGCUAUUACAGGCAUUCCGGGAAUUCCGGGAAUUACGGGAAAUUUAUGAAAACUUGUGAUAUAAUUUCCAAGAUAAGCGAGUCGUUUCCUCCAACAGAACUAAAGAAGGCUGACUCGUCUGUAUAUUACGGGAAGAAUUUCAUUUUCUUGAAGGAGGAUUUUUUCUUAAUAUUAGAAUCUACUAGGAGACAACGCCACAUCGAAAGUGUCAAGAAGAUAGAAUCUUUUUGGAUUAAGUACAAGAAUAGGCAACUAGAAGUAAAGCGAACGGACGCCGCGACCAACGUUAGCGAAGCGAACAGUCCACCUCAGGACAACAGGAAUAACGUUGUAGUCACAAACUAUCAAUCGAAAACUCCACCUCUUAUGUACGGGAUAAAUUUAGUCGCUUCGCAACUAGGAAAACCGAAUACUGGUCAUAAGGUUACAAGGGAUUGUGCCAUGUUUAGGCGUGCCCUGUUUGAUAAUCAGACUAUACAGGUUCCUGAACCCUAUGACUCACUACAACAUAAGACUUCAUAUAUAAUGAAAUGGUUAAAAGAUAUAAGCGAAACAGCGAAUAUCAUGGACAAUACUGAAGCUACAGUGUCAAAACAGUCGUCAGUAACUCAUGAUCACAACCAAUCCGCUCAUACUAGUCGCAACAAUGGCAAUCGAUCAAAAUCUGCGGACUCGAAUGGCGAUAGAAUCUGCAUGUGGAGGAAACGUGAAAAGAUCUCUGGGUAUUACGAUAAAGAAAACGACAUGUACAUCAUACCGCACGGUGGUUGCACUCUUUUCCACAAAAGUGGGAUCCUGAGCCGUCGUCGUCCGCCAAGGCUACCAGUAAAAGUACACACUCGUGUCACAUGCUUAACUAACUCGCACUAUUCGGUACACACGGAGUUGCCGCAAGGUCUACGGGAUUGCCUUUGAAAGAACAUUUGUACUGUGUAAAUAAGAUUUCGAAUUUUAUAUAUAUAAUACACAUUAUCGUACCGUUAAAUGUAUCGCUCGCGUAUAAAUAGUUUAUAAAUUAAAAUUUAUGAAUGAAAAAAUAUGCGUAAAGUGACAAAAACUUUUACAGAAACUUGGAAACUGAUUCGGACCGCUAGAAAAGUAGCCCCAUAGCGAUCGGGGCGACAGGAGAUUAAAAAUUCUGCGACAACAGAAUUUUAGGACGCGGUAACAACAAUUUCUCUGAAUUUGAAAGCUGUAAGCCGUUAGAUGUAGCAUCUAAUAAAAGUUCUAAUUAGUGGA